AUGACGUCGCCAGAGGAGCUUCCGAAAGACGUUGUGGCUGAUGACAUCUUGAACGAUGAGGGCAAAGUCGAUGACGCCAAAGUAGCAGACGUUCUUGGUAUCGCGCAAGAUGACGACGAAUUCAAAACGCUGAAAUAUCAUCUUCUCGGCCCGUCUUUGACCAAAGCCGGGCAAGACUCUGUUGACCAGAAAAAGGUUUCAGAAAUCAUAUACAAUGCUUCCAAAGGGUCUAAAUUCUUCAACCGGGAAGAAGAGCGCGACAAGAUUCUAACACAAAAAAUCGACCGCAUUUUGCGUCGCAAAAAGGAACUGGACAAACUUGACCUGACCCAUGAGCGCCUGAGCGCCGACCGCCUCAUUACCGAACUUGAGGCGUCCCGCGACUUGACGCAGCACAUUGUUCACAUUGACUGCGAUGCCUUUUACGCUGCUGUUGAGCAGCUCGACCGGCCCGAGCUCAAAGAUCUGCCGUUCGCCGUGGGAGGCGGCGUGCUUACCACGUGCAACUACCUUGCCCGUCAAUUUGGCUGUCGUUCAGGCAUGGCAGGGUUUGUCGCAAAAAAGCUUUGCCCGCAACUCAUCCUGAUCAAGCCCAACUUUACCAAGUAUACCGCCAAGGGCAGGGAAGUGCGCGAGGUGCUGGCUGACUAUGAUGCGCGAUUCGAAAGCGCAAGCAUUGAUGAGGCAUACCUGAAUAUUACCGAAUACUGCGUCGCUCACGGGAUGGGUCCAGCGGAAGUCGUCGAACAGUUGCGCAAAGAGGUACAUGAAAAGACGAACAUUACCGUUUCCGCAGGCAUUGCCGCCAAUUCGCGACUGGCAAAAAUUUGCUCCAAUUUCAACAAGCCAAAUGGUCAAUACGUUUUGUCUCACGAGAGGAACGAAAUUGUGGCAUUUAUGCGCGAUCUACCGACGCGCAAAAUCCCGGGCAUCGGCCGCGUUUUGGAGCGCGAGCUUCUUGAAAUUGGCAUUAAGAAUUGUGGCGACAUAUACGAACAUAGACAAUAUCUUCACCGAUUGUUUGGCGACAAGACGUUUGAGUUUCUCAUCGGAUGCUAUCUUGGACUGGGUCGUACGAAAAUCCAGCCUGCGGAAGAAUACGAACGUAAGAGCGUCGGCACCGAGAGCACAUUCCGCGAGAUGUCGCAUCCGACAGCGCUUCGCGAAAAGCUCCGAGCAACGGCGGAGGACCUGGAGGGAGACUUGAAGCGGGCCGAGUGCAAAGGUCGGACGCUGUGCCUCAAGAUUAAGCUGCACACCUUUGAAGUAUACACUCGCCAGGUAGUACCCCCGCGAGCGGUCCAUCUCGCAGACGACCUGUAUAAUUAUGCGCUCCCAAUGCUUGCAAAAUUGGAACAAGAGAUGCCGGGCAUGAAGCUCCGUCUGAUGGGUUUGCGAUGCACACAUCUUGUGAGCACCAAGAGGCCCGACACAAUGGCAUUUCUGGGAUUCAAGCCGAGGCGACUAGACGAAGCUACGCUUGCAGACUCGGCGCAAGUCAAGCGCAAGACAACCGAUACUCUGGCUGGAGCCGAGGUCGGCUUUGAUAACCCUGUCGAGGAUCAGGAUAUCACCAGUCAAAGAGGCAGGGAUGACGGUAGUGACCAGGAGCAGCAGCGGAGGCAUGGCAAGGAAGUUGUGCCCAAUCCGGAAAAGCAGGAGAUGCCAGAGGAGGAAUGGUGGGAUUGUCCCAUAUGCAUGCGUCCGCAGGCAGCGAAUGAGCGCCAGUUCAAUGAGCAUAUAGACUUGUGCCUUUCGCGGCGAACCAUUCGUGAUGCGGUGCAUACAGAUGGUGGGCCUGGCGGGAGCAAUGCAAGCCUCCCAACCAAACGGCCACAAGCACCGGAAAAGAAGAGGCCGGCCAACAGCAAGACUAACAGCAAAGAUCCACGGCAAAAGAAACUGUGUUUUGGAUAA